AGCACGGCAAGCUGCAAUUAUAAAUCAAGCAAGAACGUCAACAAAAUUAGUAGAUCUGUUGUUUAAUGUGAAAGCGACCACACCGGAUUUGAGAGUUAUAUUCCCAGGAAUUAGCAAAGACAAAUUAAAUCGAAGAUCUAGUGCUGUUUGGAAGACACCUCCGAGUCUUUCGCAUUCUUUGGCGUGGAACCGAAACUCUUGGAUGAAAACGGAGUUGAAAUCCAAGGCGAAGGUGAAGGAUACCUGGUGUUCAAUAGACCCUGGCCGGGAAUAAUGAGGUCACUGUUCAACAACCAUCCAAGAUUUGAAACAACAUACUUUUCUAAGUUUCCAGGAUAUUAUUGCACUGGAGACGGAGCCAGGCGUGAUUCUGACGGUUAUAUUUGGGUCACCGGAAGAAUCGACGAUAUGUUAAACGUUUCCGGGCAUCUGAUGUCGACUGCGGAAGUAGAAUCAGUCCUGACCGAACAUCCACGUGUGGCGGAAUCGGCUGUCGUGUCACGUCCACAUCCUGUAAAAGGCGAAUGCCUGUACUGCUUUAUAACGCCUAAUCAAAACGAAGUUUUCGACAAAAAGUUAGUGGAUGAAUUAAAAAAAUUAGUGCGAGAGCGCAUAGGUCCUUUUGCACAACCUGAUGUGGUCCAGCACGCACCUGGUUUACCAAAGACUAGAUCAGGAAAGAUCAUGAGACGAGUUCUCAGAAAAGUUGCUGUCAACGAUCGUGACGUUGGCGAUAUAUCGACACUAGCUGAUGAAAAUAUAGUCGAACAACUUUUUCAAAAUCGACCUAAAUAAAUUUGUUACAGACGUUAGUAAAUUAUUGUCCUUUUUAACGUUUAUUUUUUAGACUAUUGAUAUUUUUUAAUUAUUUUUUUAAUGCGCAUGACAAAGAUUCAUUCUUAAACUAAAAUAACAGUUAUAUGAGCGUUGUAAAAUUAGUUCUGUUAUAUAUUUUUUUAAAUAUAAUUUUAGAC